UUCAUUUUUUUCCGAUUCCUGUUUGACACUUAAUUUUUCAAAUAGAAAAAUAAACUAUUUUUAUUUACACAAUUUAUUAGAUAACCAGAUAGAAAAGAUGGUAUAAAUCGACCUAGGAGUUUAAACAAGUGUUCACUCUUUAAUCUAAAUUGAUAGUACUGUGAGAUUGCCCGCCAUGGAUUUCUUUUCGGAGAUAAUCGGUGAAACAGUUAUACUCGGCUUAGAUUCUCUGAUAUUGGGAUUUUGUGUGAAACAGCUGAGCAAAUGUAAACAUAUAUUGAAUGCUCUACAGUCUGCACCAGUGUUAGAUAUAGACUCAACACUAAAUAAGGAAAUCAACAAAUACCCGAGCCAAGUAAUCCCCUAUGUGGUGAUCAGAGGUCUGGUGAAACCACUGGGUAACCCCAUCACCAGCAACUACAACCAGUCAGUUACAGGAGUUAUUCAGAGAUUAACAAUAAAGGAGCAUGUAAUAGCUAGAACGUCGGCAGGGUUCUGGUCAGACCAGACGCGAACUAUACAUGAAGUGUUUAACUCUACACCAUUUGUGCUCAGCAACGGCAAAUAUAACAUUGAGGUUGUAGAUGCUCUGGCUGCUGAGUUGUUAGAUUUAGAUGUAAUAUCAGACAAGUUUGAGCCCAUGUCACCGGGUGUGAUAGACCAUGUGUGGGGCUUCUUCUCUGGGGUCAGACAGCGGGGCCUGCAGACUAUGGAGGAGAUGCUACGAGAUGGCUCCUACAUCACAGCCAUAGGAGAGUUGAGCCGGAGCAGUUCUGGCUUAAAGAUACAGCCACCGCGAGACGGGUUGCCAUUGUACUUGACCACAGCCACCAAGUCCAGUUUGCUUAAGAGGCUUGCCAGUUCCAGGGAUUUCUUGAGAGUCCUAAUAGUAGUGUUCGGCACGGUGGCAGCUCUAGCGUCCGCGCGCGUCCUGUACAAGUACAUGAAGAAGCGGCGGCGGCGCGAGGCCGAGCAGCUCAUGAAGAAGCAGCUGGCGGCCGGCCGCCGGGAGCGCCGCGCCAACACCAGGGACAAGAACCUCAGCGAGGUGCAGCUGUGUGUAGUGUGCACCGAGAACCCCAAGGAAAUAAUCCUCCUCCCUUGCGGCCAUGUGUGCCUCUGUGAAGACUGCUCGGAGAACAUCAAAGACAAGUGUCCCAUCUGCAGGGAGAGGAUAGAAUCUAGAGCACCCGCCUUCAUCACAUAGUUUGCCGCUCAACUGCAUAUCACAUUUAAGUAUACGACUAUCGGACGCCCGCGACUUUGAUCGCAUUAACAUUUAUUCCCUAUAGUACAAGAUCCAGCAUAAGGAAUAUAUACCCUCGUCUGUUACUUAUUUGGGAUAAGAAAUAAAUGAUAGAAAAUAUUCACAUUGACACAAUGCAAAUAGGUUGCAUAGUGUAAUUGCUCCCGGUGAGUAUUAAAUGAUUAAUUUCUUUUCAUCAUUAUCAACCCAUAUUCAGCUCACUGCUGAGCUCGAGUCUCCUCUCAGAAUGAGAGGGUUUAGGGCAAUAGUCCACCACAUUGGCCUAAUGCGGAUUGGCAGACUUCACUCGCAGAGAAUUAUGAAAAUUCUCUGGUACGCAUGUUUCCUCACGAUGUUUUUCCACACGUGAUAUUUAAUUUCUUAAAAUGCACACAACUGAAAAAGUUGGAGGUGCAUGCCCCUGACUGGAUUCGAACCCACACCCUCCGGAAUCGGAGCAUAACCACUGGGCUAUCACAGCUCCUCCUUCUGGCUUAAUUAAUAAAAAUUAAAUUGUACACUAGUUAAAAGAAUAUACCCAACAGAACUGAAAACGUAAAGGUUGCCUGUUUUCACAUUGCAACUGUGGGGUUGCCAGAUAUAAACAGUUAAUUAAUAUUAUACAAAUACCCUCAUCAGUUAUUUAGUCGUUUAAUAAGUAUGUCAAAUAAAAGGUUAAUUUUACUGUAGUUAGUUGUUGUAUUAAGUUGUUCAUGGUUACCUAGAUUUAAUAUGAAAAGUGUGUUUGGCCGCAAUUUAACUAGGCAACCUAUAUGUAAUGUGUCAUUGUGCAUAUUUUCUAUCAUUUAUUUCUUAUCCCAAAUAAAUAACAUGAUGAGGGUGUAGAUUCCUUAUGCCGGAUCUUAGACCAUAUGGGACGCCUGCGAUUUUGAUCGUGUCAACACAUUUUUCUCUCGUAAAUUCAAAGAAACAAUACCUUUUGCUAAGUUACACUAAGAGUAUCAUAGUGACAUUAUGGGGAAAAGAUUGUUGCCUACAAAAACCGUAGUGACACUAUUGUAAUAAGAAAUUUUCUUACAAAAAAAUCUGUUUGUUGCAUUCAAGAAACUCCUUGUGUAACUUGCACUAUACACAGUAUGUUGUAAAUACCCUGUCAUACCCAGAAGGAGCAAACAUUUUAAUAUAAUUUACAGGAAAAUUUAUAACAAAAAUCAUUUAAUCUGAUUUCAAAAUAUUAAAUAUGUGAAUUUAGUAUUUAAAAGUCUCAUAAAACUGGUUACAUUUUACAAGACCUUCCUAAUUAAUUUCCAUGUCAUACUGUAUAGGUACACAUGGUAAGCCAUUUAGCUAAUGUGAAAAACGCACGGAAAUCGUGUAGCAGUUUUGUUGAUGAAAGUUGGUUUUUAUGUUUAUUCUCAAUUUAUGUGAAUUAUAAUGGUUAUUGUUGUUUUAUUACAAUGUAUAAAUAAUGUAUGAAGUAAAAUACUGAUGAAAAUACUAAACUCUAUACAGUACAAAGGAAUAGUUUCUAGUCGCUUUGGUGCUUCGUUUUUGUUGAUUGGUUGAUUUUUAUAAGUAAAUUAUUUUGUGACGUAUGUAGUCUGUGUGUCUAAGUUUUAAUAAGUAAUUUAUUCAUUUUACGGCUAAGUUACACGAGGAGAGUUCUUUACAGGAAAAAAUUUUAUAGCCAUAAUCAUAGGUCGCUGGUAAUCGAAAAACUCCUUGUGUAACUUCGCCUUUACUCAUAUUGACAAAACUCUGUAAUUGAUGCAGGCUAAGAAUAGACAGAUAAAACUGAUAUAAUAUUACUACAAUUUGCCAACAUUCUAAAAUAAAUUGGAAAAACAUUUUUCCAACUUAACUAAAAUUUCACUAUCUUGGUUGCUAUUCAAGUGUGUGACGUAAACAAGUCCACUUAAAAUAAAUAAAGAUUAUGUUUAUUCCCGAGGCCCCGCAGUUUCACCUGCGUGGUUCACGAAUGUGGGGUUAAAAUAUAGCAUAAGACACUCGCAAAUAACGUGACUUUCUAAUGGUAAUAGAAUUUUCAAAAUCUGUAGAUGCAGAGAUUACCCCCUACAAUACCACAAACUUUACUUCUUUAUAACAUUAAUAUAUAUAAAGAGACAGACUUAAUAAAUUAGUUUAAUUUUAUUAACUUUCAGUUUAGAUAUUGGUUUUCAAACAUUACAUUAAUUGUAUUUUAGAUACCUAUCUCUUACUUUCGAUUAUAGUUAGCAAAACCGCGAAUGUUUAAUUUAGCUACUUUACAGGAGCGACAAAUAAACUAAUUUGUUUUAAGUAUAUGAGAUAGAUUUAGAUUAAAUUUUAUGAAUGUUGAGCAGUUGUUUGGUCAUAAUUUAUAUACAGAAACAAAUAAGUAUUCUCACUGGAAAAAAAAAAUUACAUACUUAUUCAGUAUUUGUGGUAUUGAAUGCUAAGCAAUGUUAGACAGAAUUAUAAUUUACAUUGUAUAAAAAUACAUAGUUUGUGUACAAUUUGUAUAAUUAUAAACAGUACAGAAAUAUCAAAUAUUAUGUCAUGUACAGUCUUAAUUGUUAUGUUAGAUACUUGUUCUUGUACAUAGUUAAAUGUUAGUUUUUAUCAGAGAGAUGUGAAGGCUAUGAUUGAUGCAUAAGCAAAAGUUUAGAUGAAAUAAAUACUAUUUUAGUAAACUAA